UCCUGCAGUGUCCGUGGUUUUUUUGCUGAUAGUGUGAAAAACCGACUCCGUUGCAAUGGAAAGUCGGAUUUAGGAGAAUACUUCAGUUUGGAAAGCAUAGGACAUUUUACAAUCCCACUCAAGUUAAUCAAGGACACGGAAUUCAACGUCUCUUGGCUUGGUAGCUACAUUUAUAUUUUCGGAUGGGAUGAGGACACUUCUGCGCAAGGGACUCAUUUAUGCAGUGGCUAGCAUCUCUGGCUAGCUAAUGUGCAAAUGCUAACUAUAAAAACAAUCAGCUAGCUACAAGAAACGACUUGCAAGAGCGUCAGCGGAUAAGUUGACUUGUUUAGCAUAUAAAAAUGCAUCGACAACUUAUUGUGAUUAGUGUAUUUUACUAAAUCGAAUCACUUAAAAUGGAUAAAUGUAUGGCUUGCAAGCUAGCUAGCUAGCCAAUCUAGCUAGCUGAUUCGCUAACUAGCUAGCUAUGGAUUGUUGCUGUUGUGUUAGCUGACACGCUAACGUUAGUUAUGCAAUUAGAUCAACAUAACAAUUGUCUUUGGAAAUGUGUUGACACGUAUUUAAUUGUAGUCAAUGCUAGACCCCUAGCAUGGGAAAUAUAUCCCAGCAAGCUAGUUUAUGGGUGGAGAUGUAACUUGACAUCCUAAUCCCAGUUGAGAUGUAGCACGAGACAGCUGAAAGUAAUUCUAGUUAGCUAGCUAACUCAGCUCGUUCCGCACAGGAAAGAUUGUAUUUUGACAUUGAUUGCAUGACGGGGUGCCCAACAAGCCAGACAAUCAUGUCUAGUAAAGCCACGACUAAAGAGAAGAAAUCUGGUAGCUUCAGCAAGAAACUCUUCAGACGAGGCUCUGUGCGCUCUGUGGGUAGUUUUAUGGGCAGAGUCCUCAGGACCCUGUCAACCUUGUCCCAUUUUGGAUCAGAUGGGCAUGCUAUUGAAGGUGACAAAGACGAUGGGGGUUUCACAUUAUUCAAAACUGGAGGCAAAGAUUCAACAGCUUUGGAUGAUAGUGACUGUUUCCUCGGAGAGAAGGUCCCUGGAGUGUCUGGUCUCAAAAACCAUGGUAACACUUGUUUCAUGAAUGCCAUCCUCCAGUGCCUGAGUAACACUGAACUCUUUGCUGAGUAUUUGGCACUGGAACAAUACCGGGGAGUCGAGGAAACGGACGAGGAGAAGGAGAAACCGAAGACAAACGGUGUGCAUUUGGGGAGGAAGGGCCCUCAGGACAGAGGCGAGGUGACGGAGCAGCUGUCUGGACUGGUCCGGGCCCUGUGGACAUUUGAAUACACCCCACAGCACAGCAGGGAGUUCAAAAAUGCUGUCUCAAAGAGCGCUUUGCAGUAUAGAGGCAAUGCUCAGCAUGAUGCCCAGGAGUUUCUGCUCUGGCUUCUGGACAGGGUACAUGAGGACCUCAACAACCAUCCCAACAACAGGCCUUCCAUUAAGCCACCAGUGGAAGAGGAUGAUGGGGAUCUAGAGGGGCCUUCUCUUCCGCUCUCUACCGGUUCAUUUGUGCAAGAGCUAUUUCAGGCCCAGUACAGGUCGUCGCUCACCUGCCCGCAUUGCCAAAAACAGAGCAACACCUUUGAUCCUUUCCUCUGCAUCUCCCUGCCCAUCCCCUUACCUCACACAAGGCCUCUGUAUGUGACAGUGGUCUACCAGGGGAAGUACUCUCACUGUAUGAGGAUCGGAGUGGCCGUGCCCCUGAACAGCACCGUGUCCAGACUCCGAGAUGCUGUGUCACGUGAGACCAAGAUCCCCCUGGACCAGUUUGUUUUGACGGAGAUGUACUACGACGGUUUCCAUCGCUCCUUCUGUGAUGAUGACGACGAUCUCGAUAUCAUUCAGGAGAGCGACUCCAUCUUUGCCUUUGAGACGCCUGAGACCUUCAGGCUAGAGAACAUUCGAACCAAGAGAGGGAGUCUCCUUGCCAACCUGAACCAGAACAACUUAAAGUUUGGGAGUGAGAUGAGCAGGACUUCAUCUUUCAUGCAAGGAGCUGUGAAUCCUGCCACUGCAACGCCCAAUAAGAACAUGGGGGCCGACAAGAUGGUCCUGCUGAUCUGUAACCGAGCCUGCACCGGCCAGCAAGGGAGGAGGUUUGGUCUUCCAUUUGUACUGUACAUGGAUCGCACUGUGACCUGGGAUAUCCUGCAGAAGGAGAUCCUGGAGAAGAUGCAUCACCUGCUCAGGCCAGGAGUUUACAUUCAGGUGGGGCCCUUUAGCCUGCGAGUGGUUGGUGUGGUUGGCAUCACGUACCUCCUGCCCCAAGAGGAGCAGCCUCUCUGUCACCCAACAGUGGAAAGAGCGUACAAGUCCUGUGGACAGGGGGGACCGCCGCACGUCAAGAUAGUGGUGGAGUGGGACAAAGAGACCAAGGAUUAUCUGUUUGGGCUCACUGAGGAAGAGUACAUCCCUGAUGCUGAGAGUGUGUAUCUGCACAGAGAGCAUCACCAUCAGCCCCAGGCCUGCACCCUCGCUCAGUGCCUCCAGCUCUACACCAAAGAGGAGCAGCUGGCCCCGGAUGAUGCCUGGCGCUGCCCCCACUGCAAGCAGCUGCAGCAGGGCCGCAUCAAGCUCAGCCUGUGGACCCUGCCUGACGUCCUCAUACUGCACCUCAAGAGGUUCAGACAGGAGGCUGACAGGAGGGUGAAGAUGCAGAACAUGGUGCGGUUCCCUCUGCUAGGCAUGGACAUGGCUCCUCACAUGGUGAAGAGGUCCCAGAGCAGCUGGAGCCUGCCCUCCCACUGGUCACCAUGGAGACGACCGUACGGCCUGGGGCGUAACCCUGACGACUACCUGUACGACCUGUACGCCGUCUGCAAUCACCACGGAAACAUGCAUGGAGGCCACUACACAGCUUACUGUAAGAACUCUGUUGACGGCCAGUGGUACUGCUUUGACGACAGUGAGGUCCAGCCCAUCGCUGAUGAUGAUGUGUGUCAGCAGACGGCCUACAUCUUGUUCUACCAGAGGAGGAACACCAUCCCCUCCUGGUCCGCCAACAGCUCCGUAGCAGGCUCCACCAGCUCAUCUCUGUGUGACCACUGGGUGAAUCGUCUCCAAGGCAGCAGGCCGGCCAGCCUGGCUUCCGGGGCCUCCUCCAGACGCACCUCUCUGGCUUCCCUGGGCGAGUCGGUGGAGUUCACCACAGGGGACCACUGCGAAGAUGACGGUGGUUUUUCGACCCGUCCCUUUGUUCGGAGCAUCCAGCGUCAGAGCUCGUCUUCCAGGUCAUCCAUCGCCAGUCCUCUAGCCUUCAGUGAGAACGGCAUGAAGCCCUCCUGGUCCCUCUCUGCCAAGCUCCAGAUGAGGUCCAACUCCCCCUCACGCUUCUCCCUGGACUCACGCUCCUCUCCCCCCUUGGAGAGGAUAGGAGAGAGGGGAGAGGCGUGUGAUGACAAGGUAUCCACGUCUUGCUUCGGUAGCUACAGCAGGCACGAGUGCUACCCUGGCGGCAGGGCCUCCUUGGCCAUGAUGGAGGGGAACAGCACCGAUCAGGACCAUGACAGGAGGAUCCUAGACGAGGUCUACUGCAGGGCACCCACGCCAGCCGAUAAGAAGAGCUCCAAGAGUGACCCGACUGACAACAACAACCAGAUAACAGCCCUGGACCAAAAUGCACAAGCCACCCCGUCGAAGGAGCAGAAACGCAAGAGCAGCACCGCCGGAUCUGCCCCGAAGUUAGAGAGCGUCGGGUCCAAAAAGAGUUCCAUCAAGUCUGAGCCAGAGAAAAGCUCCAAGAAGCGCCAGUGUUCGUCCUCCAACCCCAAAUCCUCUACAUCCCAAAUGUCUUCCAGCCCUGUGGUGAAGGGCCCCAAGGUGACCAACUCUAAAGACAAGACCACCAGCAGCGGCAGCGCUACGCCCACCAGGACCCCAUCCAAAAAGAAAGAGUCUUUGUCUUCCAAGGGUCCCGACUCGGCAGCUGGAACCCCUCAGCGCAAGCAGCGCAUCUCCACGCCGCAGUCCUCCGCCUCCCCCUCCCCCACCGUAAAGAAGAGUUCCUCUGGCCUUGAGAAGACCUCCUCUGGUCGGAAGAAGCUGCUGGAGAGGAGCUGCAGUCGGGACUCGGGGUUGGUAAGCCCUCUGGUUGAUAGACCACGCUGGGGCAGCAACGCUGCAGCCCGGACCCCCAGCAAGACCGCUGUGGAGGGGGUCCGUCCAGAGAGGAGGUUUUUGCGGAGUUCCAUCAGCAGCUCCUCUGUCACCAGCCUGCGCUCCCCCAGCGUCUCCUCCAGGGACCCUAGGCGCAGCAGCAAGUCAGAGGACAAGGGUCUGUCGUUCUUCAAGAACGCCCUGCGCCAGAGAGAGUCUCGCCGGUCGGCCGAUCUGGGUAAGACCAGCAUCCUGGCCAAGAAGGCCUCUGAGAGGACAGCCAGGCUGAGCGGUCAGGAGUGGGAUGGGUCAGCCAAUGCCUCACUGCAGGCCUCCCCAGAGCAUCAUGUGAACGAGGUUGUCACUGAGGUAAAGGAGUCCUCCAAGCCCUCCACCCCAGUCAGACGCUCUCUGUUACCUGUUAUAGGCAAAUCCAAGUCUUCCACUUCUGAAUCCAGUCUUAAUUCUCCCCCCAAUGGGAAAAAGCCUCUUGAGAAGCAGGCAUCCUCCAGAAAGCUUUCUACCAGCAUGCAAUCUUCUGCACGCCCAACACAGAAGCCUCAAUGACAUUAUAUAUCGAUAGCAGUCUCAUUAUUUUAUGUAUGCAGCUAUUUUUUUUCCGUGUGCCUAAGAUAUAAAUAUAUAUAGAUUUAGAGAGUAUAUGUAUAUAUACUUGUAUUUUUCUUUUCAUAAGCAAGAUGUAAAUGAUCAAAAGCGCCUUUCUAUCCUGUCAUGGAACCAAAUCAUUGCCUUCGGCAAAGUAUGGUAUUAGUCUACUACUGUACACAAAACUGAAUAGGAAUGUUUUAAGAUAGCACUUUGUAAAUACAGUAUGGAAUAUUUUUCCCCAGGACAACGCUAUACAGUAACUUGGUUAACAAAAAAUCUAUUAGUCAUUUUUUAUGUAUUACUUUCACAUGGUUUAAAAAAAGUCACGUGAAACUAGAGUAACGGGUCUAGGACUUGAUAUUUAAGGUUGUAAAGGGACGCUAGUCUUAAGAUAUUUUGUGGAGUAGUCUAAAAUGUUACUCCAUUUCUACACCUGGUGCUGUUCAAAGGGCAAUACUGGCACUGUUUGAUAUAUUUAAAAUGCUGAGAUUCUGAAAUAUAAAAAACUAUCUAUGUCAGGGGUCGGCAACAGGCGUCCCGUGGCCCGAAACCGGCCCGCAAGUUAUAUAUAUAUAUUUUUUUGUGGGGGGGCUACCCAAAGGUUUUAGUAUAAACAAAUAUAUAUAUUUUGGGGGAUUUUAGUUUUUGGUCAAAGGCUGUAAAAUCACCAGGAAUUCA